GUCCACUACUGAAAAUCUCACAAGAACCCUAACCCUAAUAUUUGCUCACAUAUAUAAUAUCUCUUAACACUAUAUCGGAACUUACAGAUUUGAGAAGAGAGGUAGCAGGAAGCAGCCACAUCAAGCACAGCUCGACUCCCCUCUCUCAUCUCUCUCAGGAAAGCGAAAGAGAAAAUGGCAGCAGCGUAUGGAGCAAUGAAGCCGGCCAAGGCUGGGUUGGAGGAACCCCAGGAGCAGAUUCACAAGAUCAGAAUCACUCUGUCCUCAAAGAAUGUCAAAAACCUCGAAAAAGUCUGUGCGGAUUUGGUUCGUGGUGCCAAAGACAAGCGAUUGAGGGUGAAGGGACCUGUUAGAAUGCCUACCAAGGUUCUUCACAUCACUACCAGAAAAUCCCCAUGUGGCGAAGGAACCAACACAUGGGACAGAUUUGAGCUCCGUGUCCACAAGCGUGUUAUUGACCUGUUCAGUUCACCUGAGGUGGUCAAACAAAUCACUUCCAUUACAAUUGAACCUGGUGUUGAGGUGGAAGUUACAAUUGCAGAUUCAUAGAUUUUCUAUGUUUGUGCUUCAUUUUUGGCUUUAGAUGUUUUACUAGUGCUUUAGAAAACGUUAAUUUUCUCCAGUUGAUGGACCGAGUUGAUGUUUGGUUGAAAAUUGUUCCUUGUUAUAUCCCUAUAAAUUCUCAGUUGAUAUUGUUUUAUGCCUGUUUUAUGAUAGGAGGCUGAUGGUUAAGAAAUUUUGUUUAUUUGAUUGCUCUUAUAUUUGAGAUUUAAA